AUGGCCACCGUAGAGCGAGCUUGGAGCAAAGUUGUCUGCCCGAGAAACUCAGACCACCCUGUAUAUUACCCCAGAACAGGCAACGUCCAUCCAGCGGUUGACUAUCUCCCCUGCACAACGCGUCGCGAGCCCCCGCUUUCCUCGUCCGCGUUGGCGGGUCGGGUCGUUCUCGCUUGCACUCGCGACGCUGAGUUCCUUGGAGGCGGUCACGAGCCUGUGCCGUCGGGCUGCCUCCGCUGCCUCGUACGCACACGGCGUCCCGAUUCGAAGGAACAAACGGGACCCACGGUCGGUGAGCUAUCGCCUAAUCGAUUCGACAUACAGACUUUCCACGGGACUAGUGCAAAGAUCACCCGUAGAAAGCCGGAUGCCCAAAUGAUGCACAUCGUCCAGCAUCCCAAAGGUGCUUGUGGUCGCAGACUGAUAAAUUACCACCCCGAGUCUAGGUAGACUUUGACCCUGCAGAUCAAUGUCCGGAUCAAGGUGUAGUCCUCGUUUAUUUUUUUUUAGAAAAUGCGACGCUAGUGCUCUUCUGUGGAUUUAGUCUGAAGCCGUUCUCACCUGCCCACUUGGCCACCUUGUUCAAGCAAAGCUGUACUUCCCGUUCAUAGGUGGCAAGAUCACACGAGUUCAUUUGCACAUCAUCGAUAUAUGUACAAUAAAAUAUAAUGGGUGAAAUGCA